AUGGCGCCUCCUAGACCACGAAACGUCGACGACUCCAGAUCCGAAGCCUCCAGUACCGUCACCAACCAGAAAGAAAAGACUGCGUUAGGCCCGUCUGGCGGAUCGGGUGUGGCCAAGGGGAGACGUUUUGCCUCCAAUCUGAACGUCUCUACGACUGCGAACAAGGCUCCUGCGAAUGCCACUGCUGCGGUGGUGGAUGCCGACAGUAAAGACCGAAAUCUCCCAAGGACCGAAUGGAAUACCAUGUCCACAUCCGUCCUGCGCACCUACCGAAUCGCCCAUCGACUAUCUGUACCCUCGGCAUUUAGCCAUCCUCUCGCCGAGCUGACAUACACUUCCUCGGACAUUGCGCUGCGAGCACCCUCCGCCGUCCAGUCCCGCCGGAAGCUGCGUGAGCAGAAACAUCAACGCAAACUUCAGCAAGCAGACAGAAACGGAAAUAUCAGAAGCAUUAAAUCAUCUAAAAAUAAAGACAAGGCAAAACUAAAGGAUACGCAAGCCGAUCCACCAUCGAGUACGGCCACGUCGAUUCCUGAUCCCGGAGCUGAGCAAUCACACCCUUCCUUCUCUCCUUCUGUGGCUUAUCACGGGCCACGUGAACCAUCGACUCACCUAGCCACAGCUGUCCGCAAGCAUUUCAAUGCACAGCAGCUGAGUGAGGCCGACACAAUUGCAAGGUUCAUAUACGUGGUCCAGCAGAACGGCAGAGGAGUAAGCACCGAAGGGUCGGGGGGCGAUGGGACCGGGAAUUUCAUAGGAAGUCAUGGACGCGAGGUUAGAAAAUUGGACGGACCAGGAGGGGAGGUUGGGUUCAGAUUGAGGUUUCGACCUUGA